CUAAAAUCUGCAGAGAAAGGUGCAGAGGAAUGAAAUGCCUGUAGGUGGCGAUAGAAGCUGGAGACCGAUGAGCUCGUAUCCUUCCCGCACCACGUCACUUCCGCCAAAACAAAUGUCAGACCAACCUGGGUCUGCAACUUUUCAGAGGCAUUGAGUGAAAUAAGAAACAUGAACACCACACUGAGGCACUGGAAGGAGGCGGCAACUCUUAUUUUAGCCGCCGGUCACAGGCUUGGUCCGGGCAGUUUACCGUCAAGGACGCCGCUGACCGCUGCUCCGGGACCAGGUGCACCGCUGACCGCUGCUCCGGGACCGGGUGCACCGCCGACCGCUGCUCCGGGACCGGGUGCACCGCUGACCGCUGCUCCGGGACCAGGUGCACCGCCGACCGCUGCUCCGGGACCGGGUGCACCGCCAGGUAGCAUCGAUGGACGGUCACACUUGCCGCACAAGUCCUUCUAUGACUACGACGUGUUACUGCUCAAACGAAGCAGUAAAAGCAGAUUCAUGCCAAACGCUUACGUGUUUCCAGGAGGUAUGGUGGACGCCUCGGACUUUUCCAGUGAAUGGCUGGACAUUUUUAAAUCUUUUAGCAACUCUCCUAAUUUUGGUUUGAGGAGGGUCAAACAGCCCCCGGAGACCAGACCUCCAAUGUUCGCCACAGACCGGCUGAAACUGGGCUCUCCUAUCCCCGGGGAGGUCGCCUUCAGGAUAUGCGCCCUGAGGGAGACGUUUGAGGAGUCCGGCGUGCUCCUGGUCGUGUCUAAACUGGAGGAGAAAAGUUUGCUAAAAGACAUUGGUGGCAGGUGUGACUCUGAUAAAGUACUCCAUAACAAAGUGAGCGAGCUAAACAGUAGUGACGUCACUAAAUGGAGGGCCUUGGUGAAUGAAAACCCCUCCAACUUCAUCAGGAUGUGCAGAGAGCUGGAGGUGUUGCCCAACAUCUGGGCUUUACAUGAGUGGAGCAACUGGCUCACCCCUACAGGGCGACGUGGGGCUAGAUAUGACACAGUUUUCUUCAUCUGCUGCCUGCAGGAAAUCCCAUUAACACUGCAAGAUGAAAAAGAAAUAGUACACUUUAAGUGGUCCACACCCUCCGAGGUCCUGCAAAGUUACCAGGCACAGGAGUUUUGGAUCGCCCCCCCACAGUUUUACGAGCUCAGCCGCAUGUGUCGUCUUCCUCUGCUGAAUGACCUCCACAAAUUCUCCAGCCAGCGUGCCACAGAGGGCUUGGAGCAAUGGCUGCCUGUUGUUUUCACUGAAGAUGGAGCCUUUAUAUCACUGCUGCCAGGUGACAAAAGUUACCCGUUGGACACUUCAGAAGAGGCUCAGGUGGAUACAUGCACGGAGUCAGACCUUGAAUCUCCACAGGAUGCUCCUGCUCUGCACCGAAGUGUGAUCGUAGAUCCAUACACUAUAAAUGUGCAGAUCACCAUCCCACCAAAAUACAACCACCUGCUCCCUGUUCUGGAGGAAGCUGCCCCUCUGGACUCAAAAAGUCAGCUGUGACUCCCCUCAUGACUUCUCUGUGCACAUGUACUGAACCAGUAAGGCCAAUUCAUGGGAACAUUUUUACUUGCAGAAACAGACUAUAGCACUGCUGAUGAUAAUAUCAGAUUUACACAUGGUGUUCAGAAAACAUUGGUAUGUAGCAUGGAGCUCCAGUCUCAAGAAAACAAUUCAGUCACGCACAAAUCAAAACAAAGAGAAGGGAGAGGGGAAAAAGGAAAACAAAUCAGCCAACCAACACAUGUUCUCACUCACACAAUUUAUUUUUAAGAUGUAUUUGUAACUUUACCUCUUCCAUCAUUGAACCUGUAAAUCACAACUGUUUUGAUUUUACUCUGACGGAGGAGGUUAAAAAGAAAUGAGCAUUGAAACCUUCUGAUAUGUUGCCAUGAUUUUCAUUUUUGAUUCCCUGGAUCUCGGCUCCCACUUAUAGCAGCACUGCCAAGGCAGCAUGCUAUCAGUACCUUGAACACAUUUAUGUGUCUAAGUUUACCAAUGAUGAAAACAUUGUGGCACGGAAAUCAUCUGAUCACAGCGAUCCCACAAGCAUUGAUUUUACCUCACAAUUUGACCUCUUUAAAUCCACAUGUAUCCAGGCCUUAUGCUGGCAGUGAGGCAGCCUGCUCAAAUCCAGGACCCUUAAAUUGCAUGCUGUUUUUGUACAUGCACCUUGUACACUUGUUUUUAAAUGUUCUACAUCAAUUUAGUUAUACUACAAUAACUACUGAUUAAGUUAAUCAUUAUUAUUGUGACAUUGAAGCAGUUCAUUGAAACUCAGUCAUUAUUUAUUUGAGUGUUUACUGUUCUUGUGACCUUGCCAAUGACGGUAGUCCGCUCUUCUCCCGGCGGUUUGAAUGGCUGUAAGGACUUUUUGUUUUUAGGUAAAACCUUUUUAUCAGCAAACACAAAGAGACUGAAGUGAUUGCUUUGGCCUUAUUGUGUUUAACUCAGAUUGUCAGUGCUAUCUGAAAAUAUAUUCAUAUAUAUAUAUACUGUGUGUGUAUAUAUAAAUAUAUGUAUCAUUUUUUACUAUAUAAAUAAUAUAUAUAAAUUUAGUACUAUUUGUUCUGACCUAAAAUGUCAAAGGAAUUUUAAGAUGACGCCUACAGCAGCUUAUAGGCCUGUGUGUGUGUUCAGAGUGUUAUGCUGGUGCCUCUCAGUUGGAGUGCAUAUGUCAGUGAUGGAGGCUCUGCAGGGGUCCCACUCUGUCUCCUUUGGGUGUCUUCCUUGCUCACAGCGGUGCCCUUUAAAGCAAAUUGAUAACUCAUAAGGAAUCAUCUCUGCCAAAUGGGUUGUACCCAUGUGUCUGCCAUUUAUGAGUUCAUUUAUUAUUAAACUGAUCAAUUUAUUCAUUAUUAAUUUGGUCAUCACUGCAUUUAGUUCAUUUACUAAUGAUUGCUUGUAAUGCAUAAUAAGAAUAAGUUGAAUUUAGAGUUCCUGACAAUCUGUCUAAUGCAUGCUCUUAAUGGUCAAAUUAUAUAAUCAAUUAAGAUAUCAUUUUUAAGUUACUGUGUGGGUGCAGUCACAGUACUCUAAACCAGACUUUUAUUUGUUUUUCGAUGUGGCCCUAAUGUUCAUAGAAUAGAAUAGAAAAUACUUUAUUUUCUACCUUUUGUGUGCAAAGACAAGAAAUGUGCAAAGACAUACAAUCACAUUGUGGAACAGUAAGAUGGAGAAAUGCAGAUGAAACUUAUAGAAGAUUGAAGGAUACUUUCAGGACAUGUUUGCCCUUUUUUGGCACGGAAACACUAAGUGCUCUUUUGAUGUGACAGACUAGUGUGCUGCUGAGAUGAGCAAAAUAAGCAGGAAUUAAGCUGAAUAGACUGUAUCAUGAAAGUUGUUUUUUUCUACUAUAAAAGAGAGCAGGGGAUUUUAUUAUGUCAUUUUGUGAAGAUAAAUAUUUGCACUUUAAUGUUGCUCUGUGUAAUUUGAAAAAAAAAGGGUCCCCUUAAAUCACAUUAACCUGAUUGAAAAGAUUUCUUCUAUAAAGCACUGCACCACACCAGAACAGGUCAGCACCUCUCAAUCUCAUUUUCAUCUUCUCGACACAUUUGAUCUCUCCUCAUGGGGGGAGGAAGCUUAGGUUUAGUCCCUGGUUUUAGCACUGCCCCCUCUCUGUCCUCACACCACAUCUCCUUCUGCCUCAGAGUGCUACAUGUGUAGGAUGGUGACGGCAGAAAGGGGAGUUGAAAUAACACCGCUCAACCUUCUGUGCUGUUUUGCCGUUUAGAGUCCGUUGAGGGGUUUCUAUGGCAACCUACAGCCUUGGAAACCCACCAUCUUCGUCCAGAUGAGGUGAUGAUGCAGUGGUCUGUCUCUGCCAAGCUGUGAGCGCUCCUCUCUGUGAACCGGUCUGCUUACUUUAUUUGUUUCCAAGCGACGCAGAGAAGUAAAUAAAAUGUUCCAAUGAAACGAAACACCUCCAGAUGACUGCAGAGAAUUUUUACUCACCUUUUGCUUGUUACUUUUUAUACCUAAUGAAGCAGAUACUCUAAAACUUUGAUGCUGCGGCUAUUUUGAGAAGCAGCUUACAUAACAAGACUGCAACAAAAUUGUCCCAGCAGACAUAAAAAGGUCUUAGAAAGUUGCAUCAAAGGAGACUUUGCAAGAGCCUUCCUCCUCCUUGUGAAGCGCGAGGGACAAAGAAAGUGCAGCGUUUUAGGAGGCUUUAUUCCGUCUCUAUUUAAGUCCUCUUCCUUUUCUUACCCAUGUUUAAUUAAUUGGCUUUAUAUUUUUGGAUCACCGGAUGACAAUGUGACUCUGUGGUGAUUUUCAAGAAGUUCCGGACUCACUGUGAGCACAGCUUAGUGCCUGCUUGAGAGGACAACACGGAUAAACAAGAUGUCACAAAGCCUACAGUGAAUCAGGUGUGAGCUUAGCAUGCCGCUCAUUUUCAUUCAUCAAAGUCCUGUCAAAUGAUUGUCUCAACCCUGUCUUUUCUCCUGUCUUCUAUUUAUGUUCAUCCACAGGUUUCUAACCCAGAACGGCUUUGAAAAAGAUCAAUUGGGAAGUAAAACAGUAUAAAACAGGAAAAUGCAUAUUCACA